AUGAUACGCAAAGCCUGGCAGCCAGGCAACAGACACGCAGGACUGAGGAAAGCGGAAGUCGGCUACCUCGUCAGCGGUCUUAACUGCCCUUCAGACACGUUGUACGAGUCGCGAAGAUACAUGGACGAUUGUGAGCGAGUGCGCGGGCGCCGUCAACGAGACGAACCGAGAGACGAAACGAAACUCGUGCUCGUUACUUCGCCUGGGGGAACAACAUUCCAGGCACCGUUCUGUCGCCGCAUCGAGCCACCGCGCAUCGCUGUCCUUGAGCUGAUUGCAGGGCUGAAGGGCCAGCACUCACUCAAGUGCAAAAGUCGUACUGUACGGGGCGUCGUUUUCGAAGAAGUGGGAUGUGAAGAAAAAGUUGCCAGCGAGCUUCAAGAAAUACGUCUUAGUCUUAUCUCCUACAAGCAAAUGCGACAGAAUGGAUUCUUCGAUGUUCAGGCUAGCUCAUGGUUACCCAGUUGAACUGUCUCGACAGGAUUAGGUCAGUUCGUUCGAACCACCAUAAUGAAGCCUCAGAAGCCGAGUGCACAAGUCGCCGCGGCCGCCUCCGACUUCCCUGGUGACGAACAAGUGCUACCAGCAAACGAAAAACAAGACCUGCAAGAAGCGGAGGGUGCGCCGAUGCUCACGGCGAGAGAAAAGUUAAAACCUGAAAAUGGCUUCCUCAAAGAUACUUCGCCAGUGACCGACUCGGCUGGAGCGGAAAUGCCUGGCCUGACGAGGCGGUCAAGCUCACCAACGCUGCAUCGCACAGACACUCAGUGCAAAAGGUGUAGACACAUUACACCUGGUAGGGUGAAAUAUGCACAGGACGCACCAGUGCCUGCGUUGCACUCAGCUUUGGAGGGUGGUUGUUGCCUAUAG